UCGCCGGCGGGCGGGGGGAGCAUUCCUGCGCCGCGGGGCCCCGGCGCGCCCCGCUCCCGCCGCCCCCCACCCGCAGGUGCAGGGGGCUGGCACUCGGGAACUGGAAAGAGCUGGUUGGAGUUUGCACUUUAAGCUCCCGGCAGGGAGGGAACCGGGGGCUCGGAGCUGGUGUGGGCGCCCAGCGCCGCGGGAGGAUGGCUCGGUGGCUGCGGCCCCUCGUGGGAGCCCUGCUCCUGCUCGAGGUGGCGGCCGCCCUCAGCUUUCUCCACCAUCGCUACGAGGAGAUGGUGCAGGCCCUGUUCCGCGUGCAGAGCCAGUGCCCCUACGUCACCCGCAUCUACAGCAUCGGCCGCAGUGUCGAGGGCCGACACCUCUACGUCCUGGAGCUCAGCGACUACCCGGGUAUCCAUGAGCCCCUGGAGCCGGAGUUCAAGUAUGUGGGGAACAUGCAUGGGAACGAGGUGCUGGGCCGUGAGCUGCUGCUGCAGCUCUCCGAGUUCCUGUGCGAGGAGUACCGCCGGGGCAACGAGCGGAUCACCCGCCUCAUCCACGACACACGCAUCCACAUCAUGCCCUCCAUGAACCCCGAUGGGUACGAAGUGGCUGCCAAGCAGGGCCCGGACAGCAACGGGUACUUGACAGGGAGAAACAAUGCCAACGGAGUGGACUUAAACCGCAACUUCCCUGACCUCAACACGUUCAUGUACUACAGCGGGGAAAUCAGCGGGCCAAAUCACCACAUCCCACUGCCUGAUAACUGGAAAAGCCAGGUGGAGCCAGAGACAUUGGCUGUGAUCCAGUGGAUCAGCAGCUACAACUUUGUGCUCUCGGCCAAUCUGCACGGUGGAGCAGUGGUGGCAAAUUACCCCUAUGACAAGUCUCAGGACCAGCGGUUCAGGAGCCACCGGCGCACGGUCAACACACCUACCCCUGAUGACAAGUUGUUUCAGAAGCUGGCUAAGACCUACUCCUAUGCCCACGGCUGGAUGCACCGUGGCUGGAACUGUGGAGACUACUUUGCCGAUGGCAUCACGAAUGGGGCAUCCUGGUACUCGCUCAGCAAAGGCAUGCAGGACUUCAAUUACCUCUACACCAACUGCUUUGAAAUCACCCUGGAGCUGAGCUGCAAUAAAUUCCCACCCAAGGAGGACCUGGAGAGGCAGUGGAUGGCAAACCGGGAGGCCCUUGUUGCUUUCAUUGAAGAGGUUCACCAGGGCAUCAAAGGGAUGGUGUCAGACCAGAACAACAAUGGCAUUGCAGGAGCAGUGAUUUCUGUCCAGGGAAUCAGCCAUGACAUCACCUCUGGUGAUAUGGGGGAUUAUUUCCGGCUGCUGCUGCCUGGCACUUACACUGUCACAGCCUCUGCAGAGGGGUACCAGUCCCAGACGGUGACAACAACAGUGGGCCCAGCUGGACCUUCAUUGGUGCAUUUCCAGCUCAAACAAGAUGCGGUGAGGAAGCCCCCAGAGCGUAAAGCCUCAGGCACACGCAUGAGCAACAAAGCCCUGCAGAAGAAGGUAGUGCCAAGAGCCACCCGCCGGGGGACCCAAAGAUGAGGACAGCUCACUUGGCUGACAGCUGGGGGAAGCCGUUUAUACAAAGCCUGGCUGAUGACUCCAGCCAGUGAACUUUCCAAGUCCAGCACGAAACUAGCCCAAAUUAUUAGGUUAUUAAACGAGGAAGUAUUUAA